AUGGACCCCCGUGGGUCUCGGUUCCUGGACCCAUCCUCCGCGAUGGCGGCCAUAACCAAACACAAAAUUGAGGCAAUCAAGCUCGCUCGAGAGCAAGGAAUCGCUGUUCAGGAGAUGUGUCGACGUGCGAAAACCGAUGUUCCCCCUUACGAGUUUGAAGAGUUGAUCGGUAAAGGUGCGUAUGGCCGAGUCUACAAGGGUCACGAAACAAAGUCCGGUCGUCUGGUCGCCAUCAAGGUUCUCGAUAUCGAUUCGCUCGAUUACAAAUCUUUGCGAGAUUUUAGAGACGAGUCUAUCAAGGAUUUUAUUCACGAGACGACGGUUAUGAAGCAAGUUAAGGACGCUGGGGCGAAAAACAUUAAUGAGCUCAUUGAAGCCAUCUCUAUCCACUCACAAUUGUGGCUUGUUUGCGAGUACUGUCCAGGCGGUAGUGUCCGUACAUUGAUGCGUGCAACCGACGACAAACUUGAUGAGAAAUACAUAAUUCCAAUUGCCCGUGAGUUGGCUGUUGGACUUCGCGCUAUUCACGAGGCCGGAAUCAUCCACCGUGACGUCAAAGCCGCAAAUAUCCUAAUUCAUGAAGAAGGCCGCCUGGAGAUCUGUGACUUCGGUGUCGCCGGUGUACUUCAAUCACAACGAGACAAAAGAUCUACGUGGAUUGGAACACCACACUGGAUGCCACCAGAAAUGUUUGCAACCCGGGGCGAGGCUCAUCGUUACGGAAGCGAGAUUGAUGUGUGGGCAUAUGGAUGCACUCUGUUCGAAUUCGCGAAUGGCAAUCCACCAAACUCCGGCCUGCGAGAGCGUAUGCAAAUCGGCCGUCAAUUGAAUCGAAACACACCCAAGCUCGAUAGCGACAGGUACAGCCAAGGCCUGAAGGAUCUCAUCGCCUUCGCUCUUGAUUCCAACCCCGCCACCCGCCCUACAAUGGCUGACAUCCUAGCUCACCCUUACAUUGCCGACACGGAUGAGGAAUACCCCACCUCGAUUGUCAGUGAGUUAGUGCGAAACUACUAUCAAUGGUCUCAACGAGGAGGCCAGCGUAUCUCCUUGUUCCACCCAGGUGGUGCGGCGGCUGCAGAACUCCCUGGCGCCGAAGAGUCGGACGACGACUGGAACUUCAGUACAACAGACGGGUUUGAGCGAAGAUUCUCCGUCAUUGAUCUGGAUCAAAUCGCAGCUUCUUUGGCUGCAAUCGAACAAUCCGCUAGUCCAACCGAGACGUCCGCUGAGCAAGACUUCAUUGAUGAAGGCUCCGAGGGCGAAAUGAAUUAUGAGGACAAGGUCAAUUUCGAUGAACGUGUGCGCCGAGGCGCCGAAGCAAUGCAAGGGCUUUUCGAUGAGGAGAAGCCCAGCUACGUUUACGAAACAAAAAACGACUUUGUUCCCAUUGAGCCCACUCCAUCCAUCUCAGAUCUGCCUCUCCGCACAGACACAGAUCGCUCUUCUGUCACAUCAACCUUCAUUGACAUCGAUAUCGGCUCAUUCGAGGCAUCGCAUUAUGCGGCGGGAGCGCCUGCUGCCCAGCCUUUCCAAUUGGUCGAUGCAGACACUAUUCGCGCGAAUCGUUCCAGCAUUCGGUUGAAUAGAAACUCCAAUGAGAAUAGCUCGAAGUCCUCCGACAGUGGGAUUGAAAGCGACGGAGCUGCCUCUAUGGAUGAUACCUUCCAGCCAUCUGGUCCACGGCCUCCCACUAUGGACUGGAAAUUCCCAGUAUUCAUGCAGACUGAAGAGGAAAUACCGGCGGAAAACGAAACGACCCCGGAUCAAGACUCUGGCCCGGCUCCUGCCCAAGAGCCAAUAGAAGAAGAGUCCCUCCAGGCUGAAAAGCGUGCUACAAUGCAAUGGACAUUCCCUGUCAUGGGGUCCGUUCCCGAGGAGCAGACUUACACUGAUCGCCAUGACACUCUUCGCGCACCACUUCCUGAAAUCAAGCCUAUUCCUGAAUCACGGCCAAUGGACGAACCUGAUGACUCUCGUCCUUCCACAUCUGCAUCCAACGCAUCUGACUCGGACUACGAUCCUUUCCGUUUCGACCGCCCAACAACCCCCCAAGGCACAAAUUCUCUCCAUCAUAGCCACUUCUUUGACCGUGAGCUCCCUGAAAUGAUGUGCCAAGCUGGCUAUAAUGAGUAUGAGUCUUCGGGGCUUCUCGACGGGCCGGGGCCCGAUGAAGAAUCCCAGCCUAUGUGGCGAGACUCGACCGACGGUAGCACACCACCACUACCAACGGCUAUCCCAAUCCCCGAAACCCCCACUGCGUCCUCGGUGACAUCUGGACCUGUCUCAGAGCCCGGAUCUCCAAUCUUCGAAACAAUUCGUAAUGUGCGACGAGAGCAGGACCAUGAAGUUACGACCGCGAGACCCGAGGAAGUCGAUGUCAUCCCAUUCCCAUCACUUGUGGCACCCAGUGCCACCAGUCUGAUGGAGGGUGCCGAUGAUGCCGCUGUUGUAUCUGAGCUUGAUCGGCUGCUGGGCGACUUCCUUGGGUCUCUCUCGGCCACGAGCAAGGCUCUCUCGCGGUACCAUGUUGCUAAUGCCAAUGGCUACGAGGCUGAGAAGGUCUAG